AAUUUGGAUUUCUUCAUGAUAGUUGAUGAAAAUUUCUCAGCUUUUGAGCUUUCAAGAAUUCUUUGGGCACACGUUUGUUCCCUGUCCAUUCACAGAGAUAACUAUCCUGCAGAAGAGCUGUUCCUCGUUAUCAGGAGCACUGAUUGUCUGUAUCCAUCGUGCUGAGUGCCCACGCUUCCAGCAGGGUGACCACAUUGAUAACAUCCUGACGUGGCAGGGUGAGAAGCAGCUCUGAGCCCACCUUCCUACAGCUGGCUGCACUCAGAUGUGGGUGCUUCUAUUCACAAGUUAGGGGUUGUUCUAGAAGCUGUGGGCGUUGUACGAAGUGAAGUGUGAAGUCAGAACCUCUGUUUAUAAAUCCUUCCCCACUCUCUUAGUUGCUGGGGAGAGGGAGCUACUUUCAUUUAGUAAACAGCUGGUGCAGCUGGAAGGUAACAGGCCAAGUUGUGGCACACAGCACUUUUAACUCAUCACUUGAGUUAAAUUGAGAAGAUCAGCUAAAAAGACUUUGAAGAUGCAGUGGACGUCCCCUCUCGCAUUUGUGCGUCUCUUACUUCUGCUUCUCCCAUUCUUCCCUGGCCAAAAUGGUAAAGAAAAUGUAUUUACUGAAUGGCCAGCAGACAUUAUCAGUGUUUGGGAAGGAGACUCCGUUAACAUAACUUGUUCAAAGAACAGUUCAGAAAAUGAAGUGGGGAUAUACUUGAAGACUAGCAGACCGCCAGCCAAUAUUGUAUACGUUUCCAGCAGGAACACCUCAUUCAUAUAUCCGAAUUUUACUAAUCGCAUCACGUAUUUAAAUGAAGGACCCAAUCUCACAAUCACUGUGCACAACGUACGGGAAUCUGACUCAAAUACCUACCUGUGCACCAGCUAUAUUAAAAAAAACGGCCGUCACAUCAUGCGAGAGUGGAUGUCGGUCAUUGUGGUCGUGAAAGCUAAAACCAAUGGGGUCAUUGAACAGUCACCACUGUCUGUCCGUGCUCAACAAGGAGAGUCUAUCAAUGUUACCUGUGUGUUGAAAAGCUCGUUUGAAGAUGAAUGGAUCGUGUUGCUCAAGACUCACAUGCAACCUGAAAAAGUGUUCUGUGUAUCGAGUCAGAACACUACAACUAUUUUUCCCACUUUUGCUAAUCGCCUGGAGUAUUCAAAGCAAGAGGAGAAACUAGUGAUAACUCUGCACAACCUACAGGAAAAUGACACUGACGUAUACGCAUGUGCUGCAGGGCUGAAAAAUUCCUCUCUCUUAGUCAAUGAAAGUGGCACCAUGGUGCUGGUUAAAGGUGGGAAGCAGACAGAAUGCAGUAUCGGUUCCUUGGCCAUCUACACUCCUACCAUUGUGGUAGGAGUGCUGCUAUUAUCUGCAGUGAUAUUCUACAUCUUGAACCAUAUCAAUGUGAAGAAAUUUUUCCAGAAAAAGAAAACAAAUGUAGUGUAUGAAGACAUGUCUUUCAGUUCUAGAAGCAACACCUUAGUCAGAACUAACACUUACUCAACUGACAAUUAAGCUGCUGCGAGCUGGUACCACACGUGGAUCAACUGUUCCUUUUCAGGUGUCUCCGAGAGCUGCCUUAGCAACUUGAUGUAGUAGUUGAACAAGAAAUGCUAUUACCUACCCUCUUUAGCAGAAGGAAAAAUCUGCCUUAUUUCCAAAGCUGUUUUUACUUGUUUUGACUGCUUGUGAAAUACCUCUUACUUUUUCCAUGUAUAGAAAAGAUGCAGACACAUGUAUUUGCACAUAUAUUUGCAGCACAGUGUGGGAAGCAGAAUUUUUGGAGUGUGCAUUUGGCUAUAGGCAAUAUGUGAGAUUGUUUCUUAGACUGAUAGGUAACCGUUAUGGGGAAGUUGUGAUGGUUUGAGAAGUCUGGUUCUGAGCUCAGGAAGACCAUAAGACCAUAAGAGGUUUGAUUAAUAAUAUGCAAUAGAUUCACUUAUGAAUGGAGUAUGGCUUUCAUAAAUGUCCGUGUGAGUCUGCUCAAGAGCUCUGGUAGCUAAAACUACUCACAAGUUAAAGAGAAUUCUGAAGAGAAUUCAGAAACUUGGGAACAGAGUACAUUAGGAGUGAAGGGCUGAAUAUGUAUGGGUUUAGCUCUUCAAAGAUCAGAACGGUCCAAUAAAAUUGCACUCAAUUGUAGUUAUUAAAUUAGUGACCUAAUUUAAUAACUAAAGCAGAAAUAUGUGAUUUGCUGGUGUUGCCUCAAAUCAAGAUGCCUUAAAAAUGACACAGCAGAUUGUAAUUCUCCAGGCUGGUGAUUUUAGAUGGUAAAAUAUAGGGUUAACUAAUCUGGGAUAAAACUAAUGCCAACAUCCCAGCCUGGGCACAGCUGAGCCUGAUCCAAAAUCACUCUUAAGGGAGAGUUUAGCAAAAAACUUUCAUCAGCUGUACAUUUUAGUUGGUAAUGGCUUGGAACCCUUAUUUACGAUAAGCACAGGUCUCCACAGCUGAGGAAAGGUAACAGUUGUCCUCAGGAGUGCUGGGUUUUGGGGAGCUGGGUCAACAGUGCAAAGGACAGUUUACAAUUUUGCAUGCCCGGAAGAAUAUCAAAUUGCCUGAUUAAGAGGCAGGAUUGACAGGAGUGGCUUGUGGCAUCUGAGGACAGGCUAGAACUAGGGUCUUUCUUUACUGAUGUGUCUGUUUAUUUUUUGAGGGACAAGGGUUGGUUUGCCAUUCACAGGUGUGCUUAGCUGGUGCUGAGCCAGGCACACAAGGUCUUCCAUGACAAGCCUGCUGCUUGGGAAAGGUCAUUUCCUUUAAAUGUCACUCGUGAAAUGCUGUGCACCAGAUCUGAGGGGGAAAUCUGUUCAUCCAAAUGUCUGGUGGGUCUGGAUUUCCCUUGGUGCAGAGGAGUGUCUGUUGACUGCAGAUCCUGCAAUUGUCACAUGGAUAAACUGAUGCUUCCGAUCUGCGCCCCGGGGUUUUACAGUUACCUGUUACUUUUGUACGUGCAUUAAGGACUGUUUUAUGUAUUUUGCAAAUGAAUGCUAGAUAAUUAAUGGACUGUUUCGUGUAGAUUAUAAUUUAAAAUAAAGUGGAACAAAGGGUUUUUUUGUUUUUUUGUUUUAAAU